AUGUAUCUUGACCGGAUGCUCCCCGAACUUGAAAUGGGCCCCACCACAAUGAUGCUUGAGAAUCAACAGUGCCACUACGUGCCACAUCAGCAGAAAGAGCCGCGCGGGCCGUUUCAUUGCCCCAUGUCGGGUCCACCAAGCCCGGUGUCGGUAGAGUCUGAAUCCAGCUGCUCAAGCCCGGAAGCGAAAGCGCCUGUGGAAACUCGAGUUAGACGUCCUCUAAACGCGUUCAUCAUCUGGACCAAAGAGGAGCGCAGACGCCUAGCGCAGCUGAACCCUGACCUGGAGAACACUGACCUCAGUAAAAUACUUGGUAGGACAUGGAAGGCCAUGUCUCUGGCAGAGAAGCGUCCUUACAUGCAAGAAGCAGAAAGACUACGAAUCCAACAUACCAUUGACUAUCCCAACUACAAAUACCGACCCCGUCGACGAAAGUGCAACAAGCGUGGCAGCAAGAUGGCUUCAAGUGAGACUGUCAGCUCUCUAAAUGACACUUUUCACCUUGGCUAUAUGUUACAAGGUCAAGUUGCACAGCAACCUUGCAAUCAAACAACCUCCUAUAAGCUCCCACACAGUGGGUUUUCAUUUGAAAACCAUUCUUCAUCAUACCACUUUGAAGCAACAUCAUCAAAUGGAAACAUAAUUUUCCAUGGUGGUGCAGCAUUACUGAACUCCUCUUCUGUACACCUACCUCUGGCUACUUACUCGGAGUCACUGAUAUAUUCGCAGCAUUCUGUGCAGCAGAAUGGGGUGGAACUCUGUGAUCGGUGGGGAAUGGAGGUGUGUGCAUGUGUACUGUGUUUGGGUGGACCUUCUCUGGAGUUCUAUCUAGAACAAGUGAGAUCGGACAUGUUGGACCAGCUUGAUCGCAGUGAAUUUGACCAGUACCUCAAUCCAGCACAGCCUGUGAACCACAGCAAUGAGUGA